AUGCUGGCAUCCGUCGUUCUCAGCAUCUAUCAUCUCCGACCAAAGGAGCCUUUGGAUAAAAGCUUGGCGGCGGCAAAUCACGAGCUCUGGAUAUCUUCCAUCGAGAGAUCGCGCGACUGCCUCGCAAAAUUAAGCCAGAAGAACCAGGCUGCAGCGCGGUGCUUGGAAGUUCUUGACCGGAUUAUGUAUCAGUCGCAAGCUACGCCUACUGCAGUGGGCGAUGUCCCGGGCACGGCACAGUUACCAAUGGAGUAUAAUAGCACGGGCACGCGUCUCGAUACACUUGCUGUUGACCCUUCCCUUCAGAUGCUUUUUGAUGCGACGUCAUUUGAUAUGGAUAUCUUUGAAGGACUCGAGGGGUUUCCGAAUACGAACGAAGUUGAAGCGUUUGAUUAUGUUUCAGGAGCUGCACUGGUCGCUGACAAUGCAGAGGACUGGCAAAUAUGA